CUUCUGAGUGGUGACUCCAGUGAAUGCGUUUCUCAGUCAUUUUGAUUGAUUCAUUCAACUGUUUGCUGAAGGCCAGCACUGAUGCCGGGACAGCAGGAGCCCUGACCCCACAGCAUGUCCGAGCUCAUUCCUCUCCAGCGUCACUGCAGCUGGGAGCUGUUUCUCCAGGGACACUUACACCCUCUGGAGUAGUGACUGGACCUGGAGCUCCAUCUUCUCAACACCUCCGCCAGUCUUCUUUUGAGAUCCCUGAUGAUGUACCUUUGCCACCAGGUUGGGAGAUGGCUAAGACACCAUCUGGACAGAGAUAUUUUCUUAAUCACAUUGAUCAAACAACAACAUGGCAAGAUCCUAGGAAGGCCAUGCUCUCCCAGAUGAAUGUUACAGCUCCCACCAGUCCUUCUGUGCAGCAGAACAUCAUGAACUCGGCAUCAGGCCCACUCCCCGAUGGAUGGGAACAAGCUAUGACCCAGGAUGGAGAAAUUUACUACAUAAACCAUAAGAACAAGACCACAUCUUGGCUAGACCCAAGGCUUGACCCACGCUUUGCCAUGAAUCAGCGAAUCAGCCAAAGUGCUCCAGUCAAACAGCCACCUCCUCUGGCUCCUCAGAGUCCCCAGGGUGGUGUGAUGGGAGGGAGUAGCUCCAAUCAGCAGCAGCAGAUGAGACUUCAGCAGCUACAGAUGGAGAAAGAAAGGCUGAGACUGAAGCAUCAAGAACUGCUUCGGCAGGUGAGGCCACAGGCAUUGCGGAAUAUCAAUCCCAGCACAGCAAAUUCUCCAAAACAUCAGGAAUUGGCUCUCCGUAGCCAGCUUCCAACAAUGGAACAAGACGGUGGAUCUCAAAACCCUGUGUCAUCUCCUGGAAUGUCUCAGGAACUGAGAACAAUGACUACAAAUAGUUCUGAUCCCUUUCUUAACAGUGGAACAUAUCACUCCAGAGAUGAAAGCACAGAUAGUGGACUUAGCAUGAGCAGUUACAGUGUACCCAGAACCCCAGAUGACUUCCUGAACAGUGUUGAUGAGAUGGAUACAGGUGACAGUAUCGGCCAAAGUAACAUACCAUCCCAUCAGAACCGUUUCCCAGACUACCUUGAAGCCAUUCCAGGGACAAAUGUGGACCUUGGGACACUGGAAGGAGAUGGAAUGAAUAUAGAAGGAGAAGAACUGAUGCCAAGUCUGCAAGAGGCUUUGAGCUCUGACAUCCUUAAUGACAUGGAAUCUGUCUUGGCAGCCACCAAGCUAGAUAAAGAGAGUUUUCUUACUUGGUUAUAGGGGCCUCAGGGAGACUGAAUUCUAAAUCUGUGAAGGAUCUAAGGAGAUUAGGACAUCUGUAUCUGAAGUCCAGAACAAGCCAGUGUGGUGCACUUUGGCUUGUGUUCAGAAAAGUAAAUGAACAAAUACUCAACAAGAUUCUUUGGGUUUGCUCUUCCUUGUCCAUCGCUGCUGUUAUAUAUUGCUGACUUUUUUCCACAGUUGACUCUGAAGAACAGACAUCUUCUUGAUCUUUUUCUAUUGCUGUUGCAACUACUGUUUGGGGGGGUGGGGAGGGAUGAUGAGCCUAUUUUGGAUGACGAAUGCCAUUCCUUUUGUCCUAGUGUGCGCUUGCAUAUCAUUUUAUCUAAGUACUCAGAUUUGAGAGUUAAUUUCUGCAUGUCACUGCUUGUAGUUUGCUCAGCUAGUUGUCUCCUGCUGCCUGUGGCAAUUGGUAAAACAUGACAUACUGGGGUGACAAGCCAAAAAUGAUGUAUCUGGUCAAAAGAAGUCAAUACUGAUUUGGAGAUACGACGUAAAGGAGGGCUGAAGACUGUUUGGCAUUAAGUGUUCCUACUAGUAGCUCUUGCAUUAGCCACAAAGUGCUCUUGUUUGUAUUUUAUGUUAUAGUAAAUCAUGAGUCAUUUUACAUAGAAACAUAUAUGAAUCUUGAUUGUUGCCACAUACUCUAGCCUAACUUCCAUUUGUCAGAAAUACUUUGAUUAUUUUUGUUAGUUGGUUUAACUGUAGCUGUAGGAUGGGAAGUAAUGAUAGGUGUUUUGGGGUUUUUUUUUAAUAGUGAAAUCUAAGGGUUUUUUUCUGAUUUCACACAGUCUUAUUUAAAUCCGAAUUGUCUGCUUUUUUUAUACCUAAACCAUGCCUAUUGUAGCCUGAUAAGCUAGUGAGUACAUAAACCAGUAUGUUUUGCCUGUAGCUUUUUUAAUUUUUUUUAAAGGCUAGCUUUGAAUGUAAUCAUUAGAUUUCAUGACCAGUGGCUUAUUUUUCAUGUGUAUUUACAUGACUUUGAAUUAGAAUCUGAUUAUAGCAAUGUAAAAAUUAGAGUCUUUUGUCAUGUGUAAAAAUUUUAAAUGCAUUUUAAAGUAGCAGAACCAUUUUAAAAUUGCAUCCAAUCUCUCUUCUGGUUUUCAGUUUUGGUCUCUAAGUGAGUUCAGAUUUUAAAGUCCUUAAUGGGAAAAAAAUUAUAAAAAGUUUCUCUUAACACAGACAAAAAUUCUGAACUAUUAAUAUCACUGUGCAUUGCAAUGAAAAGGCUAGAACACCAAAAAACUUCUCAAUAAAAACUUUUAAGUGUAAUAGUUAUCAAGAUCUGUUUGGUGAAAAAUAAGCCCUGGACACUAUAUGUAGAAGAAUGUAAAGAUAUGUGUUAGAUGGUGACAUGAGCAGGUAAUGAAGUGUAUAUUAGUAGUAGAGCUUAGCAUGGGGUAGAGGUGAAUAUGAAUAAUUUUUAUUUUAACAGGAAAAGAUGUAUCACUAAGUUGUCUGCAGGAGUUGACACAAGUUUCCAAAGAGUAUUUUUAAAUGAACAAAACGAGCAUGAAUCAAACUUUCAAUAUAAGCUAUGAAUUUUUGUGGGGCUUUUGGGUUUUUUUCUGAUGAAAUAUAGUGUCGCCAGUUAACACCUCUAUAAUUAAGGGCCUGUCACCAUUCUCAACAUGGAGCCUUUAUUUUCAAGGGUGUGUAACAUGACUAUAAAAAUACUGUAAGCAUGAAACUUAGUUUUGGAAAAAAACUCUCAGCAGGGACUUCUCCUGAGGAGAGACUUUUUAGGUUUUACUGUUUUGCUUUUUUUUUAAAAGACACUGAUUAUUUUUUAAGCUAGGAGCAAAACAAACAAAAAACCCCCAUCAUAUUACUAUUGCCAUUUGGAUUUCUUUUAUGCUUCAGAAAUAAUUCUGAUUUAGGAUGAUGUAAAGAAUGAAAACUCUUAACUAAAUCCCAUUUUAAUAACUGAAGCAGCAGAGGCAGAGAUCUGAAAUUUGCCACUAUAAACAUAUAUUUACUACUUUGCAUAAAUGUAUUAGUGUUUGAAAAACACAACAUUUUGUGGCUUGUUAUGGAAUA